GCGGGGCGGGUCAGAGCGGGCGGCGCGCGGCAGCAUGGUGGAUUACCACAGCGCCGGCCAGCCCUAUUCGUACGGCGGCAACGGGCCCGGCGCCAACGGCGACUACAUGGCUCAGGAGGACGACUGGGACCGCGACCUGCUGCUCGACCCCGCCUGGGAGAAGCAGCAGCGCAAGACUUUUACGGCAUGGUGCAACUCCCACCUGAGGAAGGCUGGCACGCAGAUCGAGAACAUAGACGAGGAUUUCCGCGAUGGUCUCAAACUCAUGUUGCUUCUGGAGGUCAUUUCAGGGGAGCGGUUACCUAAACCAGAACGGGGAAAGAUGAGAGUGCAUAAAAUCAACAAUGUCAACAAAGCUCUGGACUUCAUCGCUAGCAAAGGAGUCAAGCUGGUCUCCAUAGGGGCUGAAGAGAUUGUAGACGGCAACGCAAAGAUGACGCUGGGAAUGAUCUGGACGAUUAUCCUUCGGUUUGCUAUUCAGGAUAUUUCUGUGGAAGAGACCUCCGCCAAGGAAGGCUUGUUGCUGUGGUGUCAGAGGAAGACUGCACCCUACAAGAAUGUCAACGUCCAGAAUUUCCACAUCAGCUGGAAGGAUGGUCUUGCUUUCAACGCCCUGAUCCACAGGCACAGACCAGAGCUCAUCGAGUACGACAAGCUCAGGAAGGAUGACCCUGUCACAAAUCUCAACAAUGCCUUUGAAGUGGCCGAGAAGUACCUGGACAUUCCCAAGAUGCUGGAUGCAGAGGAUAUUGUAGGCACUCUCAGGCCCGAUGAGAAGGCCAUCAUGACAUACGUUUCCUGCUUCUACCACGCUUUCUCGGGGGCUCAAAAGGCCGAGACUGCGGCUAACCGGAUUUGCAAAGUGCUUGCUGUGAAUCAAGAGAAUGAGCACCUGAUGGAGGACUAUGAGAAACUGGCUUCGGAUCUGCUGGAAUGGAUUAAGCGCACUAUCCCCUGGCUGGAGGACCGUGUUCCCCAGAAAACCAUACAGGAGAUGCAACAGAAGCUGGAAGAUUUCCGUGACUACAGGCGUGUCCACAAGCCUCCCAAAGUGCAGGAGAAGUGUCAGCUGGAGAUCAACUUCAAUACCUUGCAGACCAAGCUCAGGCUGAGCAACAGGCCUGCCUUCAUGCCCUCCGAGGGGAAGAUGGUUUCGGACAUCAACAACGGGUGGCAGCACUUGGAGCAAGCAGAGAAAGGCUAUGAAGAGUGGCUGCUGAAUGAGAUCAGGAGGCUAGAGCGCCUGGACCACUUGGCCGAGAAGUUCAGACAGAAAGCUUCUAUCCAUGAGUCCUGGACUGAAGGCAAAGAGGCCAUGCUGAAGCAGAAGGACUAUGAGACUGCCACCCUGUCUGACAUCAAAGCUCUGAUCAGGAAGCACGAGGCCUUUGAGAGCGACCUGGCAGCUCACCAGGACCGUGUGGAGCAGAUCGCUGCCAUUGCCCAGGAGCUCAACGAGCUGGAUUACUAUGACUCCCCCAGUGUGAAUGCCCGGUGCCAGAAGAUCUGUGACCAGUGGGACGUUCUGGGCUCCUUGACCCACAGUAGAAGAGAGGCCCUUGAGAAAACAGAGAAACAGCUGGAAACCAUUGACCAGCUGCACCUGGAAUAUGCCAAGAGGGCGGCACCGUUCAACAACUGGAUGGAGAGCGCCAUGGAAGAUCUCCAGGACAUGUUCAUCGUUCACACCAUCGAGGAGAUAGAGGGGCUGAUUGCAGCACACGACCAGUUCAAAUCCACCCUGCCUGAUGCCGACAAAGAGCGAGAAGCCAUUCUGGGCAUCCAGAGCGAGGCGCAGAGGAUCGCGGACUACAACAACAUCAAGCUGUCUGGGAACAACCCCUACACGUCUGUCACACCGCAGAUCAUCAACUCCAAAUGGGAAAGGGUUCAGCAGCUGGUGCCCAAGAGAGACCAUGCCCUCCUGGAUGAGCAGAGCAAGCAGCAGUCCAACGAGCACCUGCGUCGUCAGUUUGCCAGCCAGGCCAACAUCGUGGGGCCCUGGAUACAGACCAAAAUGGAGGAGAUUGGGCGCAUCUCCAUUGAGAUGAAUGGGACGCUGGAGGACCAGCUGAACCACCUCAAGCAGUACGAGCAGAGCAUUGUCGACUACAAGCCCAACAUCGACCUGCUGGAGCAACAGCACCAACUUAUCCAGGAGGCACUGAUCUUUGACAACAAGCACACCAACUACACCAUGGAGCAUAUCCGUGUUGGCUGGGAGCAGCUCCUCACCACCAUUGCCCGAACGAUCAAUGAGGUGGAGAACCAGAUUCUCACCCGUGACGCCAAAGGGAUCAGCCAGGAGCAGAUGCAGGAGUUCCGGGCUUCCUUCAACCACUUCGAUAAGGACCAUGGCGGUUCCCUGGGACCAGAGGAGUUCAAAGCCUGCCUCAUCAGCUUGGGAUACGAUGUGGAAAAUGACAGACAGGGAGAUGCUGAGUUCAACCGGAUAAUGAGCCUGGUGGAUCCCAACAACAGCGGGAUUGUGACCUUCCAGGCCUUCAUCGACUUCAUGUCCCGGGAGACGACCGACACAGACACAGCCGACCAGGUCAUUGCCUCCUUCAAGGUCCUGGCUGGAGAUAAGAACUACAUCACAGCAGAGGAGCUGAGACGGGAGCUGCCCCCGGACCAAGCGGAGUACUGCAUCGCCCGCAUGGCACCUUACCAGGGCCCCGACGCCAUCCCCGGGGCCCUCGACUACAAGUCCUUCUCCACGGCACUGUACGGCGAGAGUGACCUGUGAGGUGGUGGCAGCUGCAGCAAGCGCUGGCGCUUUGUUAGGAGCGAAGGCCUGAUUCUGUGCUCUGCAUCCUCACACACACACACACACACACACACACACACACACACACACACACACACACACACGCGCGUGCACACACCCCCCCCCACAUGCAUGCACAUGUGUGCGCACACACAUGGGCGUGCGCGCACGCCUGCCCCCUCCCACACACGCGCACACACACACACACACACCCUGUCCCUCGGUAACAGGAUCUCUUCUCCGCUCCUCUCCUCCAGAGGACAGACAGUCACAUUCACACGGGGCGAUCCUGGGAACUAUCUCACAUUCCGGUUGUUACUGCAUCUUAUAUGAACCAUGUACCUAUGCAAUGAUUUUUUUUCCCCCACUUUGCUCUGUUAAACAUGGAGAGGGGUUUGGGGGUGGCUUAAAACAGGCUUUUCUUUUUUUUUUUUCUAAUUUCCUCACAUUUAGUUGCUUUGGGGUUUCUUGGCAAAGGGAAAGGGGGAGGGAAAUCUGGAAGUGAACAAGCAGCUCUGGUUCAGAGGGUUAUUUUUUUUAAAUAUAUCCCAUUCUAUUUUUUCAACUGAGCUGAAAAGAGAAGAAGAAAGCAAAUCUGCUGUUGAUUGGCAUGUCUUGAAGUGGAGCCUGUCUCCUUUCUCCCAUCUCUCUGCCCUCCUGUCUGUGUAGCAGAAGUCGUCACCAGUCUGUAUCAUUCCCCACCCCCCUGGCAGCAGCCACAGGAAGAGCAUUCUUUUUUCUAUCUGGAUCUGCUUUGUUUUUGCCUAACCUUGCUUCGACACGCGCCACAUUCCCCAAUCCUGUCUCUUUCUCUUCCCCUUAGUUGUGAUACUAAUGAGCGUGUCCGGCAGACCUCCAGCUGGCUGGGCGGAGUUUGGGAUGCAGUGCAGAUAAAUGACAUUUUGGAUUAACGAUGGUUUACCCUGCUCCCAGAUCCCCUCCCCACCCAGACAGAGCGUAUGCGUUAGACCAGAGCGCUGGGCUUUUAACAUGGUCUGCUCCCUUUUCACGGUUCCUCGGGGACCACAUCCUUGGGCACUGCAGGUGAAAGGAAGUGUGCCCUGUUCUGGGAGCCGUUAAUGUAGGAGCUCCUUCCUGCGUCCUAAAGGAUUUUGACUCCUGGACGUCUUGAGCUGUCAUCUCCCCAGCUCGUCACGUAACUGACUUUUUCUCCUUUGGUGCUCGGUGUUUGUGGAUCUUGGGACAGUCCUCAAAUUCCUGUCGCACAGGCCGAACUAGCUGAGAUCUCGAGGCAGAGAACUCCGUGCCUUUCUCUGGGAAAUCUUGUGCGGUGGCUUUUUAUUACCUGACGAGAACUAAGCAAUAAGUGCUAUCAGGGGGAAAACCUGCCUAUCGCUGCACUGUCAUCCUGUUUGCAUCAUUUGUGCUCAAGCGAGGUCUGUGGCUGUCGUGAGUGGGAGAGGCCUCAUGGGCUGCGAGGUGGGUUUCAGGUUCUGAACCAGGUGGGAGUUGAAAAAGGAGUGACUUUUUUUAUAUAUGUAUAUAAUAUUCACCUGGCUCAACCUUGCUCACCAAUGCGCCACCAUCAAGCUUUGCCCCAAGCUGUAGCAUUAUCAUGGCAGUGCUGACACACGUGUUGAAGGUCACGUGACUUUUAGCGCAGGUUUUACAAAUCGGGCAGGGCACACCUGGCUUGGGUUUGCGGUUAGCUUUCUCCUUCUCUGGGUUCCUUGCUCUUCAGGUUUCUUUAAUGCACCAGACUGAGUUUGAGGCUCAUUCCAGCGGGGGGGAUGAUCAAACUUUGGUUUGGAAAGCAGGCCUGUGCUGUUGUCUGCUCUCAUUCUUGUUAGCUCUCAGCUCUCCAUUAGGUGACACCAGGUGCAGCUGUUGGAUCUCCAUUGCACAUGUCGAUUGACUUCUAUAACAAAAGGAAAGGAUGGGACCGGGCAGUGAAGCUCACUCUGCUCCAUGCAUGUUAGACACUGGGUGCUAAUAAACUGCGCUCUGUAGGCGCAACCCCCAAACGGCUUCACUGGGUUAGGGAUUUCAGGCUUUCUGGAGAGGGGAAGGUCAUCUUUCAGCAUCCUCUAUACCAGCAGCCUUAAGCUAUGCAGCAAAGCGGGUGAACCUGGGCAUUCAGUCAGAGGGAAAGCCAGGAACACGAAGCAUGUAGGAAACGGGGUUCAGAGGCUCUGCAACCACGGCAUCUUCCCUGAAGAGCAGAAACGCUCGUGCACCCAUCUGUGCGCCACGUAUCAGAGCAAACGCCCUCACCAGUUCACUCCCGGCACAUGCUUUCUCAACCGUCUUGGAGCAGGUUUUAUCUGAGGACCAAAAAAAACCUUUGUUUGAAACUUUAAAAAAAAAAAAAGGAAAAAAAAAGUUUUUUCAGAGGGUUCCUAUUUACUUUAUUAACUUACGGAUUUAUUAUAUAAAUAUAUAUUCACCUAGCAUCGUAUAUUGCAGUUUUUCUUCUGUCAUGUAAUUAAAAUAUUGCUGAUUAUUGUAACAAUGGAAACUGUAACAUUCCACGGCUUUGUCAUUCAUCCCCCCCACCUCCCUCCUCAUCGCACCCCUUCCUCACUCUUCUGUCCUGGGAGAUCGUUAGUGUCAUGGGAGCAUUUUGUGUUUGCUACUGAAGAUCCUUCAGCGUCAAGGGGGAUGGGAACAUCAGCAGGUAGACACCAAUAGGAAGUAGUCAGCUUUAUCUGCCUCUUCAUAAGUAUGUUCUAAAUUUUUUUGAGGUUUCUGGGAAACCAGCCCUCCUGCCUCUUGGGACAGGACAAUAAAACAUGUAAUAUUUUUAAGGGUGA